UUGCAAGGUGACUGAACAUCCGACCACAAGAGGGAAAACAGAGAGCUGCCUGCAAUUUAAACUGUCAGGAAUCAGUCCAUGGGCUGAGCCCGCCUCCUCUUCCCCUGUUUGUAUGAGGAGGAGACAGGCAGUUGGAAGGAUCUGGAAAACAGAGGAGGAUGAAAACAAGAAUAUAAUGCUGACAUGGUCUGCAGGACUGACGGGAGAAACUACAAAAAACAAAGAGAAGCUGACAUUUGAGGGUCUGUGUAGCAGAGAUCCCAGGACCAGAGAGUUGGCUGUGAACAACAUCAGGGAGGAAGUGCAAAGAAAUAUUGAGCUCCAAGGACCUGUGAUGACUCAAAUGGACACAACUGGGCCUUCAGAACUCAACCAGAUGCUGGCAAGGUUGUUAAUGCUCUCCAAAAGAUACCCUUUCCCAGAUGUCAGAGAAAAGACCUUAGAGAUCCUGGGUAUGGUUCAGGAACUAGGAAUCCGAAUUCCACGGCCACUAGGACAAGGGCCCAGUAGAUUUGUUCCAGAAGAAGAGAUUCUGCAGCUGGCAAGUGAGGAUGCAAAUAUGCAUUCUGUGUUUGCCGACGCUUUCACAGAUUUGGGCCGUUUAGACAACAUUACCCUAGUGAUGGUAUUUCACCCUCAGUACUUGGAGAGCUUUCUGAAGACUCAGCAUUACUUGCUGCAAAUGGACGGACCCCUCUCACCCUGUUAUCAGCACUACAUUGGCAUCAUGGCAGCAUCUAGGCAUCAGUGUUCCUAUCUUGUUAAUCUUCAUGUCAAUGACUUUAUUCAUCAUGGAGGGGACCAAAAGUGGUUAAAUGGCUUGGAGAAUGCCCCCCAAAAGCUGCGUAACCUUGGGGAGCUGAACAAGAUGCUAGCACAUAGGCCGUGGCUCAUCACAAAAGAGCACAUUAAGCAAUUGCUAAAAGCUGGGGAACACAGCUGGUCUUUGGCAGAAUUAAUUCAUGCAAUCGUUCUUCUGGCUCACUAUCACUCUUUAGCCUCUUUCACAUUCGGUUGUGGAAUUAACCCAGAAAUACACAGUAAUGGUGGCCACACCUUCCGCCCUCCAUCUGUCAGCAACUACUGUAUAUGUGACAUUACCAAUGGCAAUCAUGGGACUGAAGGUCAUCUUCCUGUUGGAAUUGUGAUGCCUACAGACUCCACUUGUGAGGUCGAAGCUUUGAUGGUGAAGAUGAAGCAACUUCAAGAAGGCAGAGAUGAAGAAGAAGCAAGUCAAGAAGAGAUGGCAACUCGUUUUGAGAGAGAGAAAACUGAAAGCAUGGUGUUUUCUACAGAAGAUGAAGACCCUCCCCCGGAUAUAGAUGUUUCCCGGCAUUUUGAAGAUACAAGCUAUGGUUACAAAGACUUCUCCAGACGAGGGAUGCAUGUGCCUACUUUUCGAGUGCAGGAUUACAGCUGGGAAGAUCACGGCUAUUCACUAGUUAAUCGCCUGUAUCCAGAUGUCGGGCAGCUAUUAGAUGAGAAGUUCCACAUUGCUUACAACCUGACUUAUAAUACCAUGGCAAUGCAUAAAGAUGUGGAUACUUCAACUUUAAGACGCGCAGUAUGGAAUUAUGUUCACUGCAUGUUUGGUAUAAGAUAUGAUGACUAUGAUUAUGGAGAAAUCAACCAGCUACUGGAUCGCAGCUUCAAGGUUUACAUUAAAAAUGUGGUGUGCAGUCCUGAGAAAACGUCAAAGAGAAUGUAUGAUGGUUUUUGGAGACAAUUUAAGCACUCUGAAAAAGUACAUGUAAAUUUGCUUCUUAUGGAAGCGAGGAUGCAGGGAGAACUGCUUUAUGCUCUGAGAGCAAUUACUCGAUAUAUGACCUGAUUUCCUCUACUGACUGAAGGAAAAAAGAAAAAAAAAACUACAAAAAACAAAAGAAUGUUGAAAUGGCAAAAUCUCCCGGCUCGCUCGGAAGACUAUGGCAGCUGCCUUUUCCCGAAAUCCUUUGUGCCAUAUUUCUCAUCAUAUCAACUGUUGGCUUACUACCACCACCUACUUGUAGUGAACUUGAAGUUGAAUGUGUGAAGAAGAGAUGCCAAGUUUUGGCCUUGUGUCUCGGACACAUAUGCUUGAACUUUGCUUUAUAAGAUAGCAGAUGUUAACUGUAUAUCAGGAUGUGGUUACAAUGGUUCUAUGAAAGACAUUUCAAGAGGAUGGACUGGGAUAUCUCUGCCUAUUUUCCCUUUAGGUGCACACAGAAAUGAGAUUACGAUGGCACUGCUAUUUCAGUGAUGGACUUUAGAUGAGUAGAAGAAACAGUGAGGUGCAGGCAGCUGAAUUAAGCUAAACGUGAACACAUUGCUACAGUCUGAGCCUAGUUAAAGAGACUUACAGAAUACAUUUGUGCAUGCUCUGAAGCUAGCCCUAUUAUAUGGCAACAUACUUCCUUGCAUACUUCCCAGGUUCCAUCUUGCUCUUUGGCUAUGUGUUUAGUUAUAAGAAGCUGUGAGGUUUUUUUUUUUAGUUUUUUUCAUAAUGUUUGAAACUUAAGUUGUCUUCCUAAAAAUUGUACAUUAGUUUUUUGAGUCUUUAGUAGGUAUGUUCUAUACUAUAAAACGACUACAGGGAAUGUAGAAUACCUCUUGGUUAUGGGGUGCACACUUUGUAACAGUUCCAAUCUUUCUUUCAAGCUGCUACUCUGUUACUAGCAGUUAACGUUGGGAACAAAGGAACGCAGGCAGAAAAACCAGCUCGUGAGUGCACAAUUUAUUUGACACACAACUCAGAAAAAAAAAGUCUUUUAUUUCUCUUUCUUUCUUAACAUCCAGUUCCAGGUCUGAUGUUUAGAUGCUGACUUUGAGGGAGGCAAAAUAAAAACCGUUUAAAAAGGAUGAACCCCAUUGUGUUCUGAAAAUAUCAACAUGAAUAUGCUAUGAAAACUUAGUUGUUUUUUUGUUUUUUUUCAAAGUCUGUCAGUAUUAUUGACAAUUUUUUUUAAAUAAAACAUGAGAAACCA